AGAAGUCAGUGACUUCAAGUCACAAAACAGCUGUUCUUCGCUUAAUUCCUCACUUAAAAACCUUAUUACGUUUUACCAAAAAAAAACCUUUAAACCAUUUGCCAUAAAGGAUGUAUGCUGUGAUGUUCCUUUAUCGAAUCCCUUGAACCCUAAACCCUUCCUCUUAGACCCCUGGCCGAAAGAGUCGGAGAGAGACGAUGUCUGCCUCCAUCAACAACAUCGCUGCCACCUUUGCCGCCGCCAGCGGCUUCCCUCCGUCAUCCUCCUCCUCGCCACCGCCGCAGUCGUCGUCAUCGUCGCCGGCGGUCACUGCGGCGUUCUUCGCCUCCCUCUCCCCCAGUCCCGCCUGCCCCAUCUUCGCCACCUGGAACCCCCAAUCCUCCCUUCCCCCCUCCCACUGCUCCUCUCUCCUCGGCCUCUACGGCCUUCCCGGCCCCCGACCCCACCCUUUCCUCCGCCUCCCGCGCGCGGCCGUCGUCCACCCUUCUUCGGUCGCCGUCUCCGUCGGUGACCGCCUCCCAGACGCCGCCCUCUCCUACCUCGACCGCGGUGGAGCC